GGCGAAGGGGCGGGGCAGGGGUGUUCGGUUUUGUGCCAUUAGAAAGUUGGCAACCCUAACCUGCACUGUAGGGUGCCUUUUGGAUUGACCCAGAGGGAUGUCUUGGGAGGGGGUUGCUAGAGGCCACCUGGGGAGGGUACAGCGUAUAGAGCCGAAUGCUGCAAGUCCCAGCACAUGCUGCUCUUGGGGGCAGAUCUGUAAUGCGGGCCUGGGUAGGGCUGCUGGCUCCUUUGGGGCCCCAGUGGUGGGGUACUUCCAGGGAAGCCUGUUUAAGGAGGAGUUUGCUGCUAUAUUUGCCGCUCUGUCACCCUGAAAGAGCACUGACUAGGGGUGGGGACAGGGAGCUGCAGGGUUCCCAUCUGUCUGCAUGAGGCAUCCUCUUUGAAAUGUGGGUGCUGUUUUAAAGGCAUCACUUCGGUCCCAUCCAGAUUUCUACCAGAUCCCGGGUGGGAGCGACAGUCACUUACCCACCCACCAGGCCAGGACUGUAGCCAGGUUUAGCACCACAGUUCGAUCCAGUUUGUGUGGACAAGACUUGAGGGGGCUCCGCCCCUUACACCCCUGCUGGGGUCUCUGUCCCCUGAUCUCUGGGCCUCACACACAAUCGUAUAAACCUGGCACCCAUGUUAAGGAACUGCCAAUGCUCACCGGGUGCACACUGUCUAGUAGAGGGGGGCAGCACACGGAAGUCCUGUGUACAGGCCUGCCAAUGGGGGAAAAGGGGCAAUUGCUCAGGGGCCCCUGGUGAUUUAAAAUGUUGAUUGUCUGGAGCAGCCGCUGGUUCUUUGCACCAGCAGGUGCUGGGAGCUGAGAGCAACACGCUGGGCUGCCAGGCAGGAGGGAAUUGCCUUGUGUUGCCCCUUAUCAGACCUUCCAGCUGUUUAAGGAGUGACUCAGGGUUGUGUCAGGGCUACAGAGACCACCCUGAAAUAGAGAUCCAUUAUUAUCUAGUCUAUAUUAUGGCUCACAUCUGUUCCAUAUUACAGGGUGUUACCUUGACUAUGGCAGAUCCCAAUUUGCCUUCAUCUCAUAUGCACAUGUGCUGGGAUCUUUCUGUCAUGGGCAAUUAUUAGCCCGUGGAGGCUGGUAUCUAUAUUCUACAGUGAUGACUACAUUAGCUGUACCUACCCUCUGAUAUCACUGAGUCCAGCAGCUUAUUAAGCCUCAAAAAGAGAUUAUAGCUUUAUCUGAACAAGUGGCUUCACGCAGGUUAGGAUAAAAUUAGGAGGGCUAUCAACCUCCAGGCUUCAGGACAUAACCAAAUGAGCCACUGUGAUCAGGAAAAACUACAAGGAGUCCUUGUGGCACCUUAGAGCGGCUUAUAUGUAAAUAUACAGCACAUGAAAAGAUGGGAGUUGCCUUACCAAGUGGGGGGUCAGCGCUAAUGAGGCCAAUUCAAUUAGGGUGGAUGUGGCCACAAUAGUCUAUUACAGUAUAACUAGCCAGGGCAUUGUGGCCAUAGUGAGGUUUCUCUGAUACAGCUUGGGAAGACAGCUGUAGAGACUAGCUGGGCUCUGAGACUGUUGCAAUCCAACCCCUGCUGGAUUCCCGCAUGCGCAAGAGGAGGAAUUAAAACCGUGAGAUAAAAUAAGCCACAUAGCAUUUCAUGCUUCCCUGCGUGUCCCUUGCUGUGGGAUCUUUAUACCCAGUUUGAAGACUAGUGCCUCAGCUUUUGUCCAUGGCCGAUUGAGAACUGCUGGGAAUGGAAAUUUGUCUUUUUUUUGCUUCACUUUAGGAGAAAUGACUUGCUGGAAAGUGGUGAAAUCUGUUCUCAUACUCCACCUGAUCCUCAUUCCCAUAUUUAUCUGGAUGACCGUCUGGAAUGGGCCAGUCCACUACCUUCCACACUACCUUCCUUGCCCAGAAAUCUUGCGCCAGGACGUGCUGACUCUCACGCCUUGGCUGGCCCCCAUUGUUUGGGAAGGAAUUUUCAACUCCGAACUCUUGGAUAGUGCCUACAAGCCACUGAACCUCACCAUAGGGGUGACAGCCUUUGCCGUUGGCAAGUACACCACGUUUGUGGGCCGCUUCGUGGCGUCGGCGGAGAAGCUCUUCAUGAAAGGCUAUCGAGUGAAGUACUACAUCUUCACCAACGACCCCCAGGUGAUCCCCAGAGUCCAGCUGCAGCCCGGCCGGAGCCUCAGCAUUGUCCCCAUCAAAAAAUACUCUCACUGGCAGGAGAUUUCCAUGCGCAGGAUGGAGGCGAUAAACAGGCACAUCGCAGAGGUGAGCCACCAGGAGGUGAACUACCUCUUCUGCCUGGACAUCGACAUGGUGUUUCACAACCCAUGGGGGGCGGAGACUCUGGGUGAGAUGGUAGCAGCCAUACACCCUGGGUACUACAAUGUCCCUCGCAGCCAGUUCCCUUAUGAGAGGAGGAGCUCUUCCGCUGCCUUCAUCCCUGACAGCCAGGGGGACUUCUACUAUGCAGGGGCCGUCUUCGGCGGGCUGGUCAAGCAGGUGUACGAGUUUACCAGGGCCUGCCACAUGACCAUCCUGGCGGACAAAGCCAACGGGAUCAUGGCGACCUGGCAAGAGGAGAGCCACCUCAAUAGGCACUUCUUUUCCCACAAGCCCUCAAAGCUCCUCUCCCCGGAGUACGUGUGGGAUGACACCAAGCCCAAGCCGCCUGAAGUGCGCCUGAUACGCUUCUCCACGGUGGAUAAGGACUACAAGGAGAUACGGGACUGAUGUGUCAGGCCCUCUUGGAGGUAUCUAGCCCUCUCUUUUUUUUUGCCGUGCAAUCAGGCCCUUGAUCUGCUGCCAGUGCAGGAUGUGUCCCAGUCAGUGUUUUGGCUCCCCUCUGUGGAUGGAUUGUGGAGCUGGCACUGGGAAGGGCAGGUGGUUCUUUCAGCUCAGGGAUGGUGUAAGGUACUUGUUGAGAAUGGUGUGAUGAUGCCUUAGUGAUGGUGACUCCUUGAGCUACUUGAUUCCUCUUCCCUGUAAAACUGGGAGGCUGCCAGGGCCUGGAUGGUGGCCUUUUGCCAAGCAAUACCAAAGCUUAGAAUCCCCUGUGUGCUGGUUUAAAAGAAAAACACCCAAAUUGUAGUUUGGUCUGAGCCUGGGCAAUAAAACGACAAUCAGUCCUGUCAAACCUCAGCCCUGAAUGGAAAGGUGCUGUUAACUUUCAUGAUGUUUUUCACGCUCCAGAAGCAAGGCUCAACUCGUAAUUAGCCUGGGGAACUCAUUGCCACAAGUCAUUGUUGAGACCAAGAAUUUAGCAGGAUUCAAAAAAAGAUUGCACAUUAAUCUGGAUAAGGAGAAUAUCCACAAUUGUGGUAAAAAAAUUAAAAGAAUAAACAAGGAAGAAAUAUAAACCCUCAUAGUGCAGGGCAUAAACCAACCUCCAAUGAUUGGGGUCCUGAGGAAGCUUUUCCUGGAAGGAGGUUUUUCUCUAGCUGCCUCCCACAGGGUUUAUUGCACCUUCCUCUGAAGCAUCUCGUUCCAGCGACUGUCAGAGACAGGAUACUCAACUAGACAGAAAAAUGAUCUUACCCUGUCUGGCAUUUUCUAUGUUCCUCAUAUCCUGCCCAGUUUUGCAGACCCAAGAGAUCUGAACAGAUCAGAUACAGAUCAGGCCAGCAUCUGAAUGUCUGCAUGCAUAUCUCAACCAAAGCCACCUCUGAACCUUUUCAAUGGUUCAUAUCUCUCUGUGGAUCAUUCAGUCUUCUCUGAUAAAGAAAAUUUGGCAUUGAGGUGUCCAGGCGGAUCCCGCUAUUCAGUCCAUUCCAGCGUUCCUAAGCUCUGUGAAACAAAUUGGCUAGAAGCUGCUGGGUUGCUGGGAGUAAACAGUAAUACCUAAUGUGUUUUGUAGCAAAUGGGUUAAUUUCACUUUGUCUUAUUAAUGAAAUACUGCAAUGAAAUGGCAAGUUCUACUCUGGGGCUCCCUGCUCCAGCUGAAUAACCUUGACGUGACAGGCAGAGGAGGGGGAGUGGAGGUGUGAGGUGGGCCGAGGUUACUAUUUGUUUGACAUGAGAACAAGGAGAAGCUGAUCUGGGUACUGGGAGCCUCAGAACCCGACUCUUCCUCUGGAACCAGAAGAGAAAUACAAAUGCAGGAAAACAACAAUCACCUGCAAUGGUGGCUGCCUAACUAAGGCCCAAAUGCCACCCACCCUGCUGAAGCACCUGUGCCAUAAGCAUCUUUCAAAUAGCUCCCGAGGCACACGACCGAAGAAUAACGCACGUCUUUGCCACGCUCGUUUAAUGAGAGCCGGUGGAGAGACCUUGGGGAACAGCAGAGACUGCCUGAGCACAGCUCUGCUCCUGCACUGGAAAGCAAGGAGGGGAGGGGGCAGAGGUGAGAGGGCUAAGCGGUCUGUUUCCAAGGAAACAGUUCAAAAAAGACUCAUUUGGCAGGAGAGGGAGGGAAAACGGGGAAGAGGCAGCUGGCUGCUCUUGCCUCAGAUAAUUGCUAAAUGGCAGUGAAUCAAGCGGUCCAUUUCCAAAGGCGAGUGGCUAAUGAGGCUAUUCCAGGCUAUUCCGAUUGUCACUCAGGUGUGUCAGUGUGGGCAUUUACCUGCUGCAAUGCAUGUUAGAAAGGCCCUCAGCAUUUCCAUUGUUGUUAUACAUUUUAUGGGCAACACCCCCUCAGCAAUCAUCACCAGCUGGACCCAUUGGGCUCCCCUGUGAUGCUUUCUUCAUUAGGGCUUGGAUGCUGAGGUGCGCCUUAGAGAUAUAUUUGGAUCCUCUAUUAAAGUGCCCACCUUGGAGAAUUGUGCUCCUCAUCCCUUCCUCGGGACCAGGAGGCCAAGGGAAAAGCCCCAUCCUAUUUCAAGCCUUAGCCAUACGCCCCUUCCCCCCAAGAUCUCUAGCUAUUAUUUGUUAUUUGUAUUGCAGUCGUGCUUGUAGAUCCCAGCCAAGUUCCAGCUCCCAUUGUGCUGGCUGCUGUACACAUAUGGAUUAAUAGGUUAUCAGGCCCGAAGGUACUAUUGGGCUCAACUAGUCUGAUCUCCUGCAGACAACAGGCCAUUGAAUUUUACCAGUGAGGCCUAUGUCAAGCCCAUAACUUGUGGUUGAGCUAGAGAGUAUCUCGUAGACAGGGAUCCAGUUUUGGCUUGAAGACUUCGUGACGGAGAAUCCACCACUGCCCUAGGUCAGGUGUUUCAUGGGUGAAUUACCCUCACUGUUAAAAAUGUGUCUUAUUUUCCAUUUGAAUUUGUCCAGCUUCAGCCUCCAGCCACGGGAUAUCGAUCUGCCUUUGUCUGUUACAUUAAAAUGCUCAUUGCUAUCAGAAA